AUGAGUUGCUUAGUAUGGAACUAUCGUGGGCUUGGGAACCUACGUACAGGAAGAGAGCUUGUGGAAAUUACACGGGCAAAAGAUCCCUCUGUAGUGUUUUUGGCCGAGACACUCACAGAUGAUGCAAGGCUAGAAAUUGUACAAAGAAGUAUUGAGUUUGACCAUCGGUGGGUAGUCCCAAGGGAAGGGAGAGGUGGAGGAUUGGCUUUAUUUUGGAAGUCUUUGAUCAAUCUGACAGUAGUGGAUUCUUCGAAGUAUUAUAUUCAUGCAGUCAUCAAUAAGGAUUCAGGAGAUGAAUGGCGUUUGACAGGUUUUUAUGGUGAACCAGAGACAGCAAGGAGAACUGAAGCAUGGGAUCAACUUAGGUACCUCAAUUCUCACUCUAAUACUCCAUGGUUGUGUGUUGGGGAUUUUAAUGAGAUCAUUAGGCAAGAUGAGAAAGUGGGAGGGGGAAUUAGGCCUCACAAUCAAAUGCAACUUUUUAGAGAAGUAUUAGAUGAGUGUGGGUUUAUGGAUUUGGGAUAUGUGGGUCCUAAAUUCACAUGGGCUAGACAUUUUGAGAAUGGAAGCUCGAUAUGGGAAAGAUUAGAUAGAGGUUUAGCAACAAACAAUUGGUUUUUGAAAUUUCCCGGGACUAAGGUUCAUCACUUGCGUUGUGAUUCUUCUGAUCAUAUCCCCCUUCACAUUAUUUUUUCGGGUUUGGAACCACAUAAUAGAAAGAAGCCGUUUAGAUUUGAGGAGAUGUGGCUUUCCAAUCCGGGUUGUAAUGAAAUUGUUGAAGCAAUAUGGCAUAACUCUAGUACCGCGGAGUCUAGUGUGGGUAUUUUACAAAGGGUGGAGAAGUGUGGUAGGGAUCUGUGUUGGUGGAAUAGGAAUGUCUUUGGAAAUGUGCGGAGGGAGUUGGAUAAAUUGAGGAAUUUACUCCUCAAGGCCGAAGGGGUGGCUGUCCUUAGUGGGGAUAAUACUCGGGUUAGGCAAUUGAAGAAGGAUAUUGAAGUGUUGAGGGAUAGGGAGGCAACUAUGUGGGCCCAAAGGUCGAGGUUACUAUGGGCAAGGCAAGGGGAUAAAAAUAAGAAAAACUUCCAUAGUUGUGCCACGAAGAGGUUUAGGAAAAAUUUGAUUGAAGGAGUUAGAGAUGGAGAUGGUAAUUGGAAGGUCCAUCCGGAGGAGAUAGCACCUGUUUUUGUCAGCUACUUUAACACACUUUUCUCUUCUUCGGGAUAUAAUGGGUUUGCAAGAGUGUUGGAGUUUGUACCUAAUGUUAUUACAGAUGAGAUGAAUUCUUCACUUAGUCGUGCCUUUGAUGCAAGUGAAGUUCAAGUGGCUUUGAAUCAAAUGGCUCCUUUAAAAGCUCCUGGACCGGAUGGAAUGCCCCCCCUUUUCUACCAACAUUUUUGGGGCACAGUAAACGAUGAUGUCACUUCUUCCAUUUUGAGGUGGUUAAAUUCAGGUACUCUACCUACUCCCCUAAACCAUACUUUUAUUACACUUAUCCCAAAAACUAAUUCUCCCGAACAUGUUCACCAAUACCGUCCCAUAAGCCUUUGCAACGUUUUGUAUAAAAUUUUCUCCAAAGUGUUAGCAAACCGUUUGAAGAAAAUACUACCUCUCAUCAUUUCUGAACACCAAUCUGCCUUUACUAAGGAUAGAUUAAUUUCUGAUAACAUCAUGGUGGCAUUUGAGACUUUACACUGCUUGCAAAGAUAUAAUUCUAGUAGUCAUGGUUAUAUGGCCAUUAAGCUAGAUAUGAGCAAGGCCUAUGAUAGGGUUGAGUGGCAUUUCCUUGAGGGGAUUAUGAGGAAGAUGGGUUUUAAUGAAGGGUGGAUUAAUCUUAUUAUGGUGUGUGUGAGCACAGUCACUUACUCAGUUUUGGUUAAUGGAGAGCCUAGUGGUUUGAUUCACCCGACAAGGGGUAUAAGGCAAGGAGACCCAUUAUCUCCUUUCCUGUUUUUACUCUGCACGGAGGGGCUCAAUGGGUUGAUUAAAAAAGCGGAGACGGAUGGUGAUAUCCAUGGUUUUUCCUUAUGUAGGAGAGGCCCAAAACUAACACAUUUGCUUUUUGCAGAUGAUUGUCUUCUCUUUUGCAGGGCAACCAUAGAGGAAUGUAGGAGGGUGCUGGAUAUUUUGGAUGCUUAUGAAGAGGCUUCUGGACAAAAAAUUAACAAAGUCAAAACAGCCCUUUUCUUUAGCAAAGCUACUGAUGCUGCUAUAAAGAAUAACAUCAAAGAAGCUUGGGGAGUUCCAGAAAUCAUGCAGUAUGAGAAGUAUUUGGGUCUACCUUCCUUUGUUGGGAAAGGGAAGAAAGCAAGUUUCAACUACAUCAAGGAGCGGGUGUGGAGAAAAAUUCAAGGAUGGGAAGGGAAGCUACUCUCACAAGCAGGUAGGGAAGUGUUGAUAAAAUCAGUCAUCCAAGCUAUCCCAACUUACACAAUGGGAUGUUUCAAAAUUCCUUUGGGACUAUGCGAUGAGAUUGAAGCUAUGAUAAAAAAAAUUUGGUGGGGGCAACGAGGUGACCGGAGGAAAAUUCAUUGGGUAAAAUGGGAUGACUUAACUAAAUCAAAAGCAGUGGGUGGUAUGGGUUUUAGAGAUCUUGCCAUGUUCAACGAUUCACUCCUAGCAAAACAUGCUUGGCGGCUUUUGCAUGACCAUAACACUCUCUUCUACAAGGUCUUCAAGGCAAGGUUUUUUCCAAAUACAACAAUCAUGGAGGCUAAGGAUUCAAGAUUGGGCUCUUAUGCAUGGAAAAGCAUUCUCAUUGGGAGGGAUGUGAUUCAAAGGGGAGCGAGGUGGCGGGUCGGCAAUGGAAAAAAAAUUAGAGUUUGGCAGGAUCACUGGCUGCCAAGGAAGCAUCCUCCCUUGUUAUCUAAUUGUCCAAUAGUAGAUUUUGAAGACUCAACGGUGGAUAUCCUCAUUGAUCCACAAACUAGGCAAUGGAAUGUGGAGAUGGUGGAGGGUUUAUUUCAUGAGGAAGAAGCGGAAUUAAUCAUGCAAAUUCCACUAGGCCGAACUGAGGCGGAGGACAUUCUGUUUUGGCCUUAUUCAAGCAACGGGCUGUACACCUGUAAGUCCGGAUACCAAUUCCUUAAAACGGAGGAAGAAAUGAUGGUGAGAGCUCAUGACUCAGCAACAACUGAAGAUACACAAGUUUGGAAGCAUAUAUGGUCCAUGAAUGUGCCACAAAAAGUGAAGACUUUCUUGUGGAGGGCGUGCCGUGAAGCCAUGCCAACCAAACAUGCUCUGUUUCGACGCAGAAUUACAGAGGAUGAUAUAUGCGUGAGGUGCCGAGCUGAAACAGAAAAUUCUCUCCACGCACUGUGGUCGUGCUCUGAGCUUGAUUUGGUUUGGGCAGAGCCGGAACGGUGGAGUUUUAGAGGUGAAGUACAAUUCUUAAACUUCAAAGAACUUUUAUCUUGGAUAAUCAAACACACACAGCUGCUGGAAUUAUUUGCAGUCACGGUUUGGUCCAUUUGGAACCAGCGGAACCGUGUGCGGCUUAACCAAACAGCAGAUGCCAUCCAUCAGAUUGCGCUUCUCUCUAAACAGUGGCUAGCUGAGUACCAAGCAAGACAGAGCAGUCCUAAUCCGGUUCCCCUGCGCUCUCAACCAACCAGAUGUAAGUGGAAGCCUCCGCCAUCAGGUAAUUUCAAGAUUAACUUUGAUGGAGCGAUUUUCCCAACGGAAAAGAAGUCUGGUAUAGGAGUGGUUAUUAGAGAUAGCAGAGGUCUUGUUAUUGCUGCAUGUUCGAAGGUGGUGCACCAGAUGUUAGGAGCUCCCGAGGUCGAAGCUAUGGCUGCGACAUGGGCUCUUUCCUUUGCAGCUGAUGUAGGGGUGAACCGGGCUGUGUUAGAGGGAGAUUCAUUGGAUGUUAUUGCAGGGUUAAGGGAGGAUAGGAUGGUUUUGGUGCCAUACGGAUUACUUUUGGAGGAUGCAAGGUUUUUGUCCCAACAUUUUGAUGAGUUGCGUUACUCUCAUACAAAGAGGGAAGGCAACAGUAUGGAUGCUGCAAAUGCUGGACGGAUUGACCAUACACGGCCUAGCCCUAUUGACGAUUCGGUGUUAAAGUUGCAGUCCACCCAUCGGUCAGAAGCUAUUUGGAAUGGGCAGGAUCCAGGGGCCCUUACUUGCCGUGGCCGUACUGAAGAGUUCUCCAAUCGAGAACCAAUGGUAGAUGAUCGAGUUGUUGACAUUAUUAAGGCAUUGGGCUUGGAGGGACUGCUAAGGCAGCCGGGUAGAGAGCUUGACCACGGCCUAAUUACAGCCUUAGUGGAGCGAUGGCGGCCCGAGACUCACACCUUCCACAUGCCACAUGGGAGCACACAGAAAACUUGGAUGACUAUGUGCGAGGAGUUCCUUGGCUUUCAACCUAUAACUCAAGACCAGCAUAAGGAACUUCAUGGCCAAAGGAUUCUCAUCAAACGGCUUUUGGAGCAAGUUGCUAAUCCAUUGCCGCCUAAUGCCGAAGAGGAUGAGCUGCAUAAAUACGCACGAUGCUAUAUCCUAGCGCUACUGGGGGACACAAUAUUCAUGGACAAAUCUGGCGAUAGGGUGCAUCUAAUGUGGGUGCAGCAGUUGGAAGACCUUCGCAACCCACGAAGGUACAGUUGGGGGAGUGCUUGCCUUGCAUGGUUGUACCGAGAGCAAUGCAGGGCAAGCCAUAAGGAAACCAGUCAAAUUGGUGGAUGCUUACUGUUGGUGCAGUAUUGGGUAUGGGCCAGGUUCCCUUAUUUGUGCCCGGCAAUUGAGCGUGGCCCACCAGUAGGCACUUAUGGUCCUUCAGCGCGUGGUCCUCUGUACCUGAAGUGGGCGUGGGUCCCAAACAAGAAAAACAGGCCUGCCCACAUCUUCAGGGAUAGGUAUCGCCAGCAAAUAGCUUCAAUGCUGCCAAGCCAGUUGCCUAAUAUGUUGCGUACUUGUUUUUGGGCUACUGUAGGUGGUGUGGCAGCCGUAUGA